UUAGGUUACAAUAAUUUAUUUGAUAAAUUUAACAAUUGCUCUGUCAUUUAUAAAUGCUUCGAUUUCGAGUUUUAUUAAGAACUGCUUGCGGUUGGAGUCAAAGAAUGUGUUUUCGAACCGAGGAAGGGUUUCAUCGUUACUUUCAACUGCAUCGCAUAAAAGUUAUGGGCCUAUUUCAUUCUUUCUGUGCAAUAUUUUUACUAUGUCUGAUUGGAUUUAUGUUUGUCUACGAAUUAUGUUAUGUUUUGCCGCAAAUAACUGAUCCCCAUGGUAUAUGGCACAAAUUGGGCUGGUUUAUGGGAAUCUAUACAGUCCUUAAUGUAUUGGGCAACUGGUGCCUCGGCUUUAUGACCAAUACCUCAGUCGAUGGUUUACUUCUGGAAAGACAGUAUCCCGUGGCAGGUGAGGCUCACCUGUGGCACUACUGCUCCACAUGCCAAAAGCUGGUGCCACCGAGAUCCUGGCACUGCAGAUUGUGCAACAUUUGCAUUCUGAAGCGGGAUCACCACUGCACCUUCUUUGCCAGUUGCAUUGGCCAUACAAAUCAGAGGUAUUUUCUCGCCUUCUUGUUUCACCUGAGCUUUGGCAGCGGACAGGCGCUCGUCUACAAUGGCAUUUUGAAUUGGACAAACAAGGCCUUUUUGGUCACCGAUCCUUUGUUGCUAAUAUCCCAGGAUACAACCCAAGAUGCUGAUUUUAACUGGAAGUACACCAUCGCCAACCUUUUCAAACUGAAUUUGUUUCUUUUUGUGGCCCCGCUCUUCAUGUUCGUCUUUCAAAUGGUAAUGGUAUAUCGGAACAGUACAUGCUAUAAGAUGCUAGAUCGCAGCUAUGACGUUGGUUGGAGAAGAAAUUUUGAUAUGGUCCUGGGAAAACGACGUUUCUGGAUUUUCUUCUUGCCAACGAUCGCAAGUCCUCUUCCUACCGAUGGCACUCAGUGGCUCCAGAAGCAGACAGUAUAAAUUGUGUUUGUAAAAACUAUGAAUAUAGGAGAGCGAAUAAAUUCUAUUAUAAUA